AUAGCCCUGUUCACAAUGUUAAAUAGUUCUACGUGACCAAAUUCGAAGCUGCAUAAAAAUCUCUAUGGUGAGAUUAAACUACCCGUGAUAUCAGAGUUAGAAAAGUAGUGGGGUUAGAAUUAGUUCCGACGGGUAUUGAAUGGACAUUCUGGGCGAUUUAUUAAGCUUUUAAUGCAAACACCUGUUCCGAAUUCGUGCAGGUGAUCGUCGACUCCAUUGUGGCGAGAGCUUUCGAUCGUCUAUUGGAGAGCUUGGUAUAAAAACUUGAUACGUCAAUCGGCAGGACAAAUUUCCAGUGAAUUAAAAUCAUUUUACAUUACGUCAUCCGAGGAGGAUUUUCGUGAAAGUUUUCGAGCGGGGUAGAAGGUGACAUUUCUUCGAAGAUGAAGUGGUUCGAGGGAAGCAUCAACGAAGCUGUGGCCACGUCAAAAUCAAGGAAGGCGAUUUUCGUUGUAUUUGUCGAGGGUAAACAAGAUGCGUCGGUUCAAUUCGCUGCAGCCAUCGAUGCGGAGGAGGUUUCUUCGCGUUUGGGAACUGAGAAUUUUGUAGCUAUCAAACUGGAGAGUACUUCCGAUGCUUAUAGAUUCUUCUCACAAAUUUAUCAACUGGUUCCUGUACCGUCAAUAUUUUUCAUUGGUGAGAAUGGUACGCCCUUGGAAAUUGUUGCUGGCAGUGUCACGGCAUCAGAGCUUGCUUCCAAAAUUGAUUCUAUUCUCAGUAAAUCUGGUAGAAUAGCUAAAGAUUCAUCGGUUAACUUGAUAAAAGCUGAGCAGCGGAACAGCGACAUAUCCAGUGGUAGUUCGAGCUCUGAAGUUCAUGCAGGUUCUGAAGUUGUUCCAGAUGAAAUUAAAAAGAAUUUAAGCGUAGACAUAGCGUCUACAACAUCUAAACCAGAAGAAGUUGCAGCGAUUGCAGAAGUUACCGCAGGGUCGUCAGAAGUCGCAAAGAUAGAAGCAUUAGGAAAUGCUGUGAAUCAGGAUCCAAGUACAAGUGAUAGUAAUAUAAAUGAACAAGUAGAGCUGACGCCAGAGGAAAAAUUGGAACGGGUCAAGCAGUUGAUCCAGUUGCAAAAGAAGCAACGAGCAGAAGAAGAACAGCGAAAAUCAAUUGAAUGUGAGAUUAAACGAAGAAAAAUAGGACAAGAUGUGCUAAAGAUGCGGCGAAAGCAACAGGAUAUAGAAAUCAAACAGGCUCAUGAGGAGAGAAUAAAAGAAAAGGCUGCCGAAGCGGCUGCUAGAGAGAAAGUUCGACAGCAGAUUGCCCAAGACAAAUUAGAGCGGAAAGAGCGAGAAUUGGCAUUGCAGCAACAGACCAGUCAGCAACAACCGCCACAACAGCAAUCGGCACCACCUCCACCGAUGAAUGUCAAUGCAACAGUAACUAGAAUUCAAUUUCGUUUGCCAGCCGGCAAUCCACACAUGGGCCAAUUUGAACCAAUGAACACUCUUGGAAGUUUGAGAAAUUACGUAGUGCAGAACAUUCAAUUGCCAUUUCAACAAUUUACUAUGUCUACAACGUUUCCAAGGAGAGAUCUUACUUCCGAAGACGAGUCCAAGACUCUCCUGGAUUUGGGGCUGGUUCCGACUGCUGUUAUUUUGAUUUUACCAUUAAAGAAUACUGUUAAUGCCACAUCUUUGACGUCAGGUCAAGAUGUCGGUUUCUUUUCACGAUUUAUGUGGACCUUCGUUGCACCUAUCUUAGGAAUUUAUAAUUAUUUCAUGGGAUAUUUCUUUGGAGAACCACGAAGAAUUUCAAGUAGGCCCAGUAAUAGUUCUUCGGAGACAUCAACCAAUGCCGAAGGUUCUGGAUAUUCUGAAGUUCAAUCGAUGGGUCAGCCUACGACGGUAUUUCGAAGAAACUUAGGAACAACAACAAUUCGAUCCCAAGGCAAUAUUCAUAGACUUCAUUCCGGUGGUAGCGAUAACGACGAGAAUAAUACCUGGAAUGGAAAUUCUACACAGCAAAUGUAAAACACAAACUGCUUAGUUAAGAAUUGAACAAAAGGUAUAAUGUCAAAAGAUUAAAGUAACGUCACCUGAAAUCAAAACAAAUCAGGUUACACUUGAGUCGCAUAAGCGAUAUAAAAUCCACGUAUUCAAACUUCAAAGUCGAUUUGAAAAUUCUCUACACUGCAUUAAAUUUGCACUUUCAUUUCUUUAUUAUCCUGAAUGUCUUAGAAAUCUUAAGACAUAAUCGGAGUUACGAAAUAUCAUUUUCUUUAUUUCCGAAUCAUAAGAUUCGCGUUUGAGAUUGAAUCCUAGAACCUUCAAAGUGGCAAUAAAACAAUCGAGUGGUAUAACGAGUUCACUUUGGGAUUGUAAAUUGUAAGAUUAAGCUUUGAUCUCUAGUAAGUUAUGAAUAAAUAUUUAGUCGUAGGAUUAUUGGGUUUCGUCCAGAUUGAAGAGAUAAACUUGAACGCGUUCUUUUACGGAACGUUUAAGCCGUACCCACGUGAUACUUUCCGGAGCCCGGAAAAAGAAAAAGAUCGCACAUUCGCACCUUAGAGUCCCCGUUAAUUUCUCAAAGGAUCAACUGUAAUUAUAACUAAUAGUUAACGAUGUCGUAGUUAAGACCACUAAUAUUUUACGGUAAAGUUGACUGCACUGUUAAAAAUAUCUGUUUCUGGUUUUAGUAUACAUUUGUAAUCGAGAGUGCUCGAGAGAUAACGAAACGUUUUUAACAGUGUACGCUGCGCACGAGAGCAUGUACUUUUCUUGGUUGCAAAUAAAACGCAGAAGUUCGGUUAAU